AGUUACAUGAUUAAGUGCAACUGGGACUCGAACUUUAGCGAGAAAGUUUCCUUUGACGAUUCUUGUAACAGCUGGAAGGCGGAAGAUUUGUCAAUAUCGCAGAGUGAUGAGAAGGACGGAUCUCUUGAGUUGAAUGUGGCGGUGAUGGAGACUUUGUGUACUUGCAGAACCAUCGAGCUGUUCUCUUCAAGCGGCUAUCUCAAAUCAAUCAGGGGAAAUGUUGUUGAGGAUGAUAGCUACACACUCUACCAACACAAACUAGAGCCUGAAACUGUGAGCGAGGUGGUCAGAGUUAAGUUCCUGUCUAACUCUUAUACUCCUAAAACUACUGUCUACUUUAGAAAACUCAUCCUUGUUCCUAAAGCUCCAGCGACACCAGGCCGACAAACCUCAAACAUCAACACAGCAGCAGUAAGAGAGCUCCUCAAAGAUCUGCCCCACAACGAACAAUCGUCCUCGUCCGUCCUGUCCAUGAUGGACAACAUGCCCCCACUCCUUAGUAUGCUACUUCCCAACAACAGACUACCUCCUCAGUUGACAGCGUUAUCUCGUCUUCAGUUAGAACAACCGGACUCUCUCAAUCAGAACAUUGACAAUGGAAGUUCAGAAAACGGACAUUUUUUGGGAGAAACUGUUUCAGAUAAUGUUAGAACGAAAAUGGACAAAAGCUCAAUUGAUUUAAGCUCAAUUUUAGGCUCGAUCGGUUCUUUAGAGAAUGUUUCGGCUCUGACGGAGGCUUUUAAAAAGAAUAAUCUUUCUAAUAAUGACCAGUCGACAACUUCUUCAAGGGAGAUGAGCAAAUUACAUGCAGAACAGAAAAUAGUAAAAGAUGAUAUCAGCAAAUUGAGAACAGAGUUAGAUGCUACAAAGAAGGAACUGCUUAAAGCGGUGGCUGAAUCUGAAUCUAGGAGUACUGAAUUGUUACUACGUGUUUUAGAAGAAAUCAAAAGUUCCCGAUAAUCCGCUGGAAUUUCUCAAACUCUUUACAAGCGAAUUUUUAUCAUUUUUUAUAAGGUUUUGAAUCUUCCUUCGAUCGGCUCACAAUUUGAGCGCAGUCUUUACUCUUUAGAUACUUGUAAUCUCUUUCCUCUCGCAAGUCUACAAUUCUG